AUUUCUAACUUCAAAGUGUGAAUAUAGCCAGAAGGGAAAAAGGUAAAGAGAAGGGGAAAAGCAAAAUAAAAACAGACAAAUAGGGACAAGUUUGUGUGGUCUUGUCUACACUAAAGAGUGUGUGAAAAGUGGACCCUUUAUCCAUAAUAUUAGAGAGAAGAGAAAAGAGAAGAAGAAGAAGAAGAGGAACCUGUCUCCUACAGGUACAUUCUACAUUACUAGUUUGCUACUGCCUUUCCUUUCUUACCAUCAUCUUCUACUCACCUUCCUAUUCUCCCUUUUUCAUUUAAUCUAAUCUAAGUAACCCACUCCAACUGCCCACCAAAUCUUACUAGAAGAACGCCCUAUUCUUUAUUCUUCUCUCUCUAUAUAUACAUGUGUUCACACCCACCUCAUAAUUUCAAAAACCUCUCUAAACCCAAUAAUCUUUUCUUUUCUCUCUUUCUUGAAUCUUGAGUAAUCUUGCCUUGUAUGAUUAUAAGAACAACACAUGGCUCGCUUUACAAGAAUGCUUGCAGGCUUUGACUCUACUCCCGUGGCUGACCCACCGGAAUCUGCGAACGUUGAGUCAGAUUUAGUAGUGAUAUUGGCAGCUCUUCUAUGUGCAUUAAUAUGUGUGGUUGGACUCAUUGCAGUUGCCCGGUGUGCCUGGCUCCGCCGCACUGGCAGUGCUUCUAAUUAUCCAUCUCAGGCUGCUGCUAAUAAGGGUCUAAAGAAGAAGAUCCUACAGUCUCUCCCCAAGUUUACCUAUGGCUCUGCAGCUGCUACUGCUGCAGCAGCAGGUUCUUGCAAGUAUGCAUCCACAGAGUGCGCAAUCUGCUUAGGUGAGUUUGAAGAGGGUGAUGAAGUUAGAGUUUUGCCACAGUGUGGACAUGGGUUCCAUGUUGGGUGCAUAGACACUUGGCUAGGAUCCCACUCUUCCUGUCCUUCUUGCCGCCAGAUCUUGGUGAUGGCUAGGUGUCACAAAUGUGGCCAGUUUCCUACCAUCUCCUCAUGCGGUGGAGCUACGGUUGAAGCAGAUAGAAAGGCCACAGAAAGUAAUAGUAAUACUAAUGUUAAUGUUAGUAAUAAUAACAAUCAGCAUGAUACUGUUAUUGCUGGGUUCUUGCCUUGACAAACCCCACAAUUUUUUUUUGGUCACUGAAUUUGCCUGAUUAUCUAUGUACAGUUAAUUAGAGGUUUGCUACCCUCUACCAUAGCUUCCAGCCAGAGCUCAUUGCAGUUUCUAGAGUCCAAUGAACAUGAGCAACUUACUCAAUGUUGGUUUUGUA